AGUGCCUGUCGGCAGUGUGAGAAGCCCAGGCGUGUUGGGCAAUCGUGGUUUCCUCCCUCCUGGCCUGCAGGAUUCAGCCGAGCCAGCCAGGCCCUGGGCAUCUUGGGGCCUUGUCCACUCAGGCAUGGAAGAGACAGUCGUGAAGCCCUCGGUGUUCGUGGUGGAUGGACAGACAGACAUCCCGUUCAGGAGGCUGGGGUGCAGCCGCAAGAGACAGCCCUGCAGUGCUACCCAGCUGGGACUGGGCCUCAUGCUGCUGUUGGUGGUGGCUGGACUGGCUGUCCAGGGCUGGUUCCUGCUGCAGCUGCACUGGCGCCUAGAGGCGGUUGGCAACCCCCUGCAGGACAAAGGUGCAGAAGCCUGGGAGCAGAUGCUGCAAGAGCAGAAGCCCCAGCAACACAACCCAGCAGCACACCUCACAGGGGCCAACUUCAGCCUGACUGGCAGCAGUGACCCGCUGCUGUGGGAGACGAAACUGGGCCCGACCUUCUUGAGGGGCCUCUGCUACCGGGAUGGGGCCCUGGUGGUUACCCAGGCCGGCUACUACUACAUCUACUCCAAGGUGCAGCUGGGUGGUAAGGGCUGCUCCCAGGAAUCGUCCGGCUGCCUGCCCAUCACCCAUGGGCUCUACAUGCGCACCGCCAGCUACCCCAAGGAGCUGGAGCUGCUGGUCAGCCGGCAGUCACCGUGGGGGCAAGCAGGCGGCUCCCAGGUGUGGUGGGACAGCAGCUUCCUGGGCGGAGUGGUCCACCUGGAUGUGGGGGAAGAGGUGGUGGUACGCAUACCGGGUGAGCACGUGGUCCAGCUCCUCGACGGCACACGCUCCUACUUCGGGGCCUUCAUGGUGUGAAGGACAUGGUCGGGGCUAAUCUAAGGUGUGUCUGCGAUAAGUGAGAGACCUCAGAGGAUGCCUCAGGACACAGAAAAACACGAGCGGAGGUUUUUAGAGUGGGCCUGGGGGACACCCAAACGUGACAGGUGGAGAGCUCAGUGGGGACCAAUGAGGCCGAGAACCCAGCUGCCCCAAGAACCAGGAGGCACCUCCGAAGGACCAAAGGAGACUGCAGGCCCUGCCGUGGACAACCCCGAGGACAUCGACCCGGAGACCGGGGGUCUGUUAGUCCCCAGGCGGGGGGUAAAGCCGAUCUUGAUAUUCAGGAAGAGGUGAGGGGUGGCUAUUUAUACUUCUGAUUCAGAUCAAAGGGACAUGGUGAUGGCGGUGGUGGUUGGCUAAGACAGGAAAUUGUAUUUAUACUUUUGAUUCAGAUUAAAGUGGGACAUGGGGGUCCAGGGAGUUGACUGAGAACAGAAAAUUUCUUAACACCCUCUACCCUCUCACAAGUGUGGGCGAGUCUGGGGGGAGGUGCGAGGAUUUAUCAUCAAGACUCACCCACCCUGGAGAGCCCAGCCCAGCCCAGCCCUACCCAUGGUCACAGUCAUGACCCAAGUUCCACCCACCGGGCUUGCGGCCACACCACAGCCUGGUCACAAAGCUACACUCAGAGAAACAGGUGUAGGGACGUGCUGGGAGGUGUUCAACAACCAGCUGUCCCAGGAGGGGAUGCCCACUUCCGUGAUGUAAAUACUCCCUCUGCGGUUGGUUUCUGGCUCCCAGUGAAUAUCAUCCACAGGCCAGCUGACACCCAGCACUGCUGUUUUAGCACCCAAGCCAGAGCCUGGAGCACAGGCACUUAGAAAAUGUUUCUAGAGAGAAAAAGAGAGAGUGAGAGAAGGAAGGGAGAGAAGGGAGGAAAAAUGAAAGAAAGAUGGAAAGAAAGAAAAGGUGAAAGAAGAGAAAGAUGGAUAGAUAAAGACAGAAAAGAAAUAAAGGUGGAAAGAAAGGAAGGAAGGGUGAAAGAAAAGAAAGAUGGAUUGAUAGAGAAAGAAAGAAAAGGUGGAAAUAAAGAAAGGAAGAGUGAAAGGAAAGACAAAGAAAGAAAAGGUAGAAAAAGUGAAAGAAAUAAACUGUCAUCACAGCUACAGCAUCCCAGAGAAUCACAAGCUCAGCCACUCCUUGACAACCACAGACACAUACACACCAAACAUCAGAUUCUCACACAACCUGGAAGUCCUAGACAGCAGAGCAAACCCUCAGUCACAGACACUGCAUUACAACCACAUACAACACAGUCACACACAAGUCAUCAUCACAGCCCCAGUCACUCACACUGGGCCGUACAGUCACACCACGUAUGACACACGGGAUUCGAUGCUUCUCAUGUCAGACUUUCGCAUGCUGCAUCACGGUCACACCCAUCACAUACACUCACAGCCUCACAAUCACAAACACACAAACACACAUAGCCAGUUCUUCCCAGCCACCUCACAUCCUGGGGUGAGGACCAGACUUAGUCUGUAGCCCUUGGACCACUGGCCUUGGAAAUAAAUACUGAACACUGCAGCUGGUCUGUCUAGUUCUUAGCGGGCAGGUAGCUCAUGGAGGCCCAGGGACAGAUGGAAUGACCCACAGAGGUCACUUUUACAGCUGAGAACUCUGAACUCAGCUGACCCAACUCCAUGCAGGAAGUUUAUCAGAGAAGCCAGAGAGCUGGGGCCCAGGUGUGCCUUAGCCUCAGAUCCACAGUUCCUGAGAAAGCAGAGGCUACACACUUCAGUACCCUUCUUGCCGACAUUCAGCACAGCCAGCUGGGAGCUUGGGGUAUCAGGGCAUCCAAGAGUGUGGGGAGGGACAGGUAAUGAUACGCUUACAGACCUGAUGCUUUAUGCAAAUGAGCAUGGACCCAGGAAGCAAGGUUUCCCUGGACCCUAGUAUCACAGCUCAGACCCCAGAGAAGAAUGAAUCACUUGUCAUUGACACAGUUGCCUGGUAAAGGGGUGAAGGGAACCGGCUUUGCCAUCUGAUGGUCUUGGGCUCCAAGUCUACUCUGUCACUUCCUGGCCAUGUGACCCAGGAGCAAAUCCUGUCACCUCUCCAUGCCGUUUCCUCAUCUGAAAUACUAGGUAACAAGGAUUCUCACCUCCCAGGUUUACUGUAAAGAUGAAAUCAGAUGAAGAGGGACUUCCCUGGUGGUCCAGUGGCUAAGACUCCACAACUCCCUGCUCAGGGAACUAGAUCCCACAUACCGCAACUGAGAGUUUGAAUGCUGAAACUAAAGAUCCCUCGUGCCACAACUAAGACCAGUGCAGCCAAAUAAAUAAAUAUUAAAAAAAAAAAAAAAAGAAACGCAAUGAAUUUUAAAAUCAGAUGAGGAAAAAAGCCACUUGGUAUGGUGCCUGGUAUGCAGGAAGGUACAUAAGUACAUGAGUGUCAUUUAGAGAUAUUAAGGAAAGCAUCUGUCAGGCAUGUGCCCUGCAUAUUGUGCAAGUCACAUCUUUUUAUUUUUUAAAUGAAGGAUAAUUGCUUUACAGAAUUUUGUUUUCUGUCAAACAUCAACAUGAAUCAGCCAUAGGUGGCGAGUCACAUCUUUAUCUGCACCUCUCGGGAGGAGUUGUUGUUGCCCCCGCUUUCCAGAUGCAGCGACCAAGGCUCAGGUGCCUCCCCCACCCCACUCUGCCCACACCAAGGGCACCCAACUUCAUGCCUCCCUGGCUGGGCUGGUGGGAGGUGAAACAGCCCCAAGGGCCCAGCCUCCACCCAUGCUGGAGUUUCCUUUACUCUCUUCGUGGUCUUUCUGUUUCCGUGGCUUUGAUGAGAAGACCGGGGUGUGUUUGUGUGUGUCUGGGGGGAACUCAUCAAAGUCACCAGCAGCCACCAACAUCUGCCUGGGGAUAGAACCUCUACGGAGUUGAGCCUCCUAAGAUCACCUUUGGGAGGGGCUUUGAUUUCAGAUAAAGUGCAGGAGCAGGAAGCCCCCAGUCCAGGCCAGUGACCUAUUUACAACUUCUUAGAAGUCUAUCUACUUGAUUUCCGCUAACACCACCGGUAUCUUUUCAGAUUUCACUUCUCCCCGCCCCAUCAUCUAUUUCGCAAUACCCAAAGCCUCCUGUCUUCACUUGAUACCACCCCCCCACCCCCAGCCCUGAAACAGAAAACUCUUCUCCUUCUCCCAAUCUCUUGCCAGGAUCCAGAGGUAAUAGAAGGAAAAACCAUAGCGAUUAAAUUGUUUCCUACUUUCCUGUGAUGACACUAUGCCCCUCCCUACUGCGUUAUUAUGGCAUACAAACACUGAGAUGCAUCGUCUCCAAGAAACGGGAAGAACCUGCAUGAUUGGGGAAGAACCUGCAUGCCAUGUGGCCCAAAACAAACAAACAAAAAUAAAGUAUCAAAACUUAAAACAAA